UUGGCAAAAAGUUACCAUCUUUAUAAUUCAAGAUGCAUUUUUGAUAUAUCUCUUUUUUUCUUUUUGUUUUAUGGGAAGUCGUAACUUAGAUCUUUUAGUCAUUAUAUAUAUAUAUAUAUAUGUGUGUGUGUGUGUGUGUGUACUAAGGAUGUAGUCCUUGUUAAAAUUAGUAGUAUUUGGCACUCAAAUGUUGGAUCAGGAUAUGCACGGUAUAUUUGGGAUGAGGGUUUAUGGAGUCUAUUAUUGAUUCUAUUUACCUGACUAAGUUACGUGUUUUACUUUGAGAGGAACAGGUAGCAGAUCUUUUGGUAUACCAUAUUGCUCGAAAAAUGUCAGUCGAGGAUGUUGCAGUUGCUGCUGCCGAGACUCCUGCUCCAGCACUUGGAGAGCCCAUGGACAUCAUGACUGCUUUGCAGCUGGUGCUGAGAAAGUCUAAGGCUCAUGGAGGCCUAGCUCGGGGACUACAUGAAGGUGCAAAGGUGAUUGAGAAGCAUGCAGCACAGCUUUGUGUGUUAGCAGAGGACUGCGACCAGCCAGAUUAUGUCAAAUUGGUCAAAGCACUCUGUGCUGAUCACAAUGUCAGCUUGAUUACGGCGCCGAAUGCAAAAACUCUUGGCGAAUGGGCUGGUUUGUGUAAGAUCGACUCUGAAGGGAAAGCAAGGAAAGUUGUCGGCUGCGGGUGUGUUGUUGUGAAGGAUUAUGGGGAAGAGACUGAGGGUCUGCAUAUUGUCCAGGAGUACGUAAAGUCCCAUUAAAUUGCCCGGCAUAUGAAGAUGUCUAGUUGACAUGGAGAACCUGUUUCCUCCCUACCGAAAUGAUAAUUUUAAGUUGUGUACCUGCAGUUAAUUUUAAGUUUUUAAGACUAGGUAGAAACUCUUCAGUUGUAGUGUCCUUACAGUUUUGUAAAAGAAUAUCGAUUUACUAAUUGGAAAUCGGACACUCUUUUGUGGUUUA